UUACACUGAAGUUAUGGAUAGAUUCAUGACAAGGGCUCUAACGAUCUACACAAAUGCCUAGGCUGAGCAUGUUAACGGGCUGAACAGAUGAUAACACAUAAUUACAGAGGUAUUUCAUGUUACGACAGGUGGGGUUUCCCCGAGGCUCUACUAACAUGUCUAGAUGUCUACUCAGGUCGUUCUGAUGACCGGCUGUUCAGCAGGAAUCGGUCUUGUUACAGCUAAACGUCUCGCUCUUGAAUCAAAUCAGCGAUUCAUCGUCAUCGCUACCGUCAUAGCGAUGUCGGAGAAGAGCGACUUGGUAGCUGCCGUAGGGGAUGCUCUCAAUAAGACAAUUUUCAUUGAGGAAUUGGACAUCACAAAAGAUUAUGACAUCACAAAUGUAGUGGAUAAAACUCUCAAAUCACAUGGGCGUAUCGACAUCCUCUUGAAUAUUGCCGGUAUCGCGCAUGGUGACAUUGCCGAGCUUGUCACGCGUGACAUGAUCGAGAAAAUCUUCAACGUUAAUGUUUUUGGACAAAUGAGACUCACACAGGCAGUGCUACCUCAGAUGAAGCAGAGGAAAUCAGGGAAGAUAAUCUCCGUGUCAAGUACAGCAGGAAGAAAUGGAGUACCCUACAUGGACAUGUAUAGUUCAACUAAAUUCGCCUUGGAGGGUUUCUUCGAAUCUUUGGCUGUUAGUCUACGUGCGUUUAAUAUUAGAAUUUGUCUGGUCGAGCCUGGUCCAGUACGAACCGGUUUGAGGGAUGGGGUUGUGGAGAAUUUCCGCACCAGACACCAGGACAAGUCCAUCGAUGAAAUAGAUACCAAACAGCUCCAAAGACUACUAGAUAAUAUAUUAGCAGAAAAUGGCUACUACGAUGCCUUGAUGCCAGAGGAUGUCGCCAAUGUCAUUGUUACAAGGUGUAUGGAACCUGACGAGCCAGUGCUGAGACACCUACUUAUUCCAGAGGAUCUCAAUGAGGUGGUCCGAAUCGGGAUGGCCGACCUUACGGGAGAGAAGACCAUCGAAAAUGUACGGCAAUCGAUGAUUUAAGUUCCUUCAUGAAGAAGAUUUGGUCAGAUAGUGCCUGUGGCAAUGUUUGUAUAUUUGGUUGGGGAUGUUGCCAUUGAAUAUACCAGAUAGGCUGACCGAUCUAACAGAAAGGAAAUCUUUUAAAUUUCACGGAUGAAUGUUUAUUUCUUCAUGGAAUCGGGUAGAUCGAUUGAAAGUAAUUUUUUUUCAUUUUUUUAUUCAUUUUUUUAAACAAGACCACACAUUGAUAAAAUGCCUUGCUCAAGGGCAUAAGUGCCGAGCCGAGAAUCGAACCCCCGAUCUUCGGAUCUCCAGUCCAACGCCUUAGACCACUCAGCCACGGCACCUCCACGGCUCGUGAUUCCGUUGUUCGAUUACAGUUGAUAUUGGUAGCUGUUACGACUUUUGGAUUAAAAACAAACCUAACGCACCAGAAGACAUGAUAAACUUAUAUUUUUGUGUUCUUGGUGUCCUGGGAUAUAGGGCGUAUACCAUAAGACACACUAAGGAUAACGUUUAUGCACAUUUGGAGCGCAUUUACAAUAUCUAGAAACUAAGGAGCAACCCUAGCAGAAACCAUGUCUUUAGAAAAUAUCUUAAACAAUGCUAGAAUAACAAAUGAGCUUCGAAUAAUCAGAAUUUCUUAUGCUAGUAUUUUAAAAGAAGAUGUAACUUGUUUAUAAUGAUAAUUGUGGUGAUGAUGAUGAUGAUGUUAAUAUAAGGCAUGUACCUUUCUUGGAGUCCCUCUCAUAAUAUAAUCCAAUGUACAUUUAUUGCUUUGUUUUUUGUGUGAACAUGACUCAUUGUAUAUGCAAUAUUUUUAUGGAUUUUAUGACCAAAUAACUUCCAAUUGUAUUUUUUAAAGAAAUAAAAUAAAAUAAUAAAAGUAAUAAUACUAAGAUUAAUUUGUUAGUUUUCAUGUCAAUGGUAAAAAACUAAUUCCUGAAUAUGUAUAUGUAAGUGAACCUGCUCCUUGAUUUCUCUUACUAUCAUUAUAUAUGAAAUGAAAUUUGACUAUUUCAUGUUUACGAAUAGUACGUUAUUAAAAUUUGCUAUUGAUUAAGUUCACUUAACUGGAAUAGAAUGUUUUAUUGUUGUUCCCAUUUACUGUUAUCUUUUUUUAAAUCAAUUUUCGGACUGCGAGAAUAUAUAUGGUUUUUCAAUCAUAUCCUGCGAUCAAUGAUAAACUCUAUAAGAGCUUGUAAUAUUGUUAAUAUUCCUAUAU